AUGCCAUAGAUAAAUUUUUUGUUUGUCUAUGCGGCUUAGUUGUAAUCAUAUAUGUAAUACUUCGUUGUGGUUUAAUUAUUUCACAUUAUUGUAUGAUUUGAAAAAUACAAACUUAAUUAAUAACGGGAUAUAUGAUCUAUAGAAGUCUGGAACACACUAUAUUGGUUUGUGUAAUUUAAAAUUGUGGCUGUUUGCUCUUCGGUAAACAUAACCUUACACAACAUUGUCCUAGUUUGGCUAUAAGCAUUACAAGAAAAUUAUUUUUAGAUAAAAGAAAUGUUUAAUUUUAUUUUUAUUUUUAAUACAUUAACUCUCAUUCAGUUCUCUUCAGCAGCAUAUGGUAGUACUGUCCAUUAUUUAGAACAUGGGGAAACAUUCCAUUUUGAACCGUAUAGCAAGGGUCUGGAGCUGCAAACAUUUUGUUACAAGGGAAGAAAGAAAUCUAUUAUUUAUAUUUGGCAAAGUGUACUGUUUCAGUUAAAUCAUCCGAAUGAAGAUUAUACAUUAUAUGAGGGAUCCACUCCUGAAAAUGUUGAACUGGAAUAUUCAAAAAAUAGUCAUUUCUGGUCUACCAACAUAUUUAUGGUAAAACAAAAAAGUUUCAAAAUCAAUCCAUUUAAUACAACAUGUAUUGGUGUGAUCAGUGGUGAUUCAUAUACAGUACAAAUUAGUGUAAUAAAUAUGGAUUUUUGGAAAUUACUGAUGCUGGGAAUUGGUACAUUUAUAUUUUUAUCUGCAGAUACUCUGAGUAAAAAUACAUUCUUUCAUUAUGUAACAGGUAUUACAUUUGGUGUAUGUGCAUCAGUGCUGGUUCUAAUAUAUUUCAUAAGUAAGAUAUUUCCAAGGAAACCUUUUAUGUAUGGAGUUCUUGGAAUGGGAUGGUCUUUGGUAAUAUACAUCUCAAGAUUACUAUGGGAAAACAUACAAGUUGUGGUAAAAUAUUACAAAUUUUAUGUUACAUGGUAUAUCCUGUUCACAGGAUUAGUGAGUUUCAUAUUGUGCUACAGAUGGGGUCCUGUAGAAAAUCAACGCACCAUCAAUUUGAUAAAAUGGUCCCUGCAAUGUGUGGGGUUAUGCUUAAUUUUUAACAGUAGUAGUUAUCAAGAAGCUGCAACGGCUCAAAUAGUGAUAUUACUGAUAAGUUACCAUUUACCACAAAAAUGGAAAUUGGCACCUAAAACCUACUGGAAAAAGAAAUUUCCACCAAAGAUAAAAUUACUUACUAACGAAGAAUAUUAUCAGCAAGGAGUUGUUGAGACUGCAAAAGCUUUAAACUCAUUAAGACAGUACUGUUCAAGUCCCGAAUGCAACCAAUGGGAAACUGUUUUAAAAUUGAGCGAUGUGAAGAGGUUUGCUUCUUUUAUGGAAGGUAAUUCUCAUCUUAGUGACGAGGAAGUAUUGGAAUAUGAUUCAUUUAUUCAAAAUUUGACUGAUGACGAGGAACACAAUGAACUGACUGAUGAAGAAGAUUGAAAAUUGUUUAUUGAGAUUUAAAAUGAGCCAAUAAAGUAUUUUUUGCA